CAGAACUGAAAUGUGUUUCUUUAAAAGCAGAGCUCUUCUGCGAAUGAAUUUUUUCAAUAAAAAACGUAUCAUUGUAUUUCUGAGCACUUGUCUAUUAGUUCUAAUACUUCUGCUGCAAAUCAAUUCAAAUUGGAGGCUCUUGGAUACAAUGCGGGGACCACCAGACAGCGAGCCAUUGGUUUAUCAAUGCUGCAUUUCGAUGAAUAAUUCGAUCCGGACAAAUAUAUUCUUUCUGAAAACUCACAAAACUGGAGGUACAACUGUACAAAACGUCAUCGUACGAUUCGCCAUUAAGAAUUCGCUCGAUAUGAUGAAUACAAAAUACGACACUUACUAUUUGCCAAUUUCCGAUUCGUCAAUAUAUCCCGAACUGAUGACACCCAAUAAUAAAUACAACGUGUUCGCGAAACAUGCUCGAUAUGAUUCAAAUUUGAAAUCGUAUCAAUACCCUGAUACAUCAAUGGUGACAAUAUUGCGACAUCCGGUUACAUUAUUUCAAUCAUUGUACAUUUUCUUCCGAAUGGACAAGACCACAGGUAUGAAUUUCCAACAAUUCUUGAAAGCGCCAGUAAAGCCGGCAUUUUUAACAGGCUUUGAUAGCGAAAUAGCGUACAGAGGGUACAAUCAAAUGAGCGUAGAUUUAGGAUUCGAUUUGGCACAAAGCAAGAAUACGACCGCUGUCACUGAAUUUAUCGAGAAAAUAGAUCGAGAAUUUGAUUUCGUCAUGAUAACCGAGCACAUGGACGAAUCUUUCGUUUUAUUGGCUAACCUAAUGGGAUGGCCUUUGGAAUACGUCACUUCUUUGAGAUUAAACAGCAGACUCGAAGAAUCAGAACCAUACUCAUUAACUUCACAAGACGAAUCAACUAUAAUAGAUCUCAAUCAAGUCGAUGCUCAAUUGUACGAUUAUUUUUUGAAAAAAUUUCACAAAUGCAGACAGCAAUACGGUGAGAAUAAUUUGAACCAACAAGUUCAACAGCUUCAAAUAAUGAAUAGAAACUUCAAGGAAAGAUGCGUAGCUCGCGAGGUAACGCGCUGGAAUAAAGGUUUUGUGAAAAGAAUCGAAUAUGUACCUAGAAAUCUAUUUGAUAUGGAAUGUUUUUAUUCCAUGCAAGAGUCACCUGACCUAGCAAAAAUUACUCGUCAAGUACAGGCCAACAGACUGAAGGCGCUAAGAAAUGAGUAGGAUCGUUGGUUGAGGUACUUUUGACCCAACAAGUCCGUUCCUAUCGUCACCAAAUCUGAGCAAAAAAACAAGAGGGAACAAGGCAGUAGUGUGCUUCCACUUCAAGUAGCCUUUUAAACUAGUCCAGAAAAAAAUACUACAUGGUAACUAGGCCCAAUUAGGAAUUUUCCAAAAUUCUGAGUGAUACUCGAAGCCUACAGGAAAAAUUCAAAAACCAUGUUCGAUGAAUGGAGAAAACAAGAUCACCCAAGCAGGUUCUCUACAACAUAGUCCCACAAGCAGGAGGAGUAGAAGAAGAUCCAAAGAACUGAUCGAUACUUAGGACUCCAUCGCAAGUUCCAUGCCAUAGCAGACAGGCUGAGGGCGACGUUGAAUCAGACAGACUCAAAGCCAAGAGGUCAAACCAUGUAAAUCAGCGUACUGAAAAAAAAAGUGUGGUUAACACUUUGAAAGCGAUUCCCAAAAAUUCAAAAAACAUGUACUCGUCUUGUACUUUGAUUUCCAAAAUUUAGAUACCAGCUAUGUCCACGCCUUUUGCAGCAUUCGUUUCACUUGAAACAUUCAUUCUGUGGUGAAAGUCAUUCAACGAAUUUUUUACGUAGCUCCGGAAGGAAGAUGGAGACAUUUCUAAAAACAAAAAAAAACUGAUUCUUCGCUCCAGUUUAUUAGCUACUGCCAACGUGUUUUGUAGAAAACACCUCAGUUCUAAUAGAUAGUAACUUUAUUCAAGAUUUUACAUCGACUUAGCCCAUUGCCAUAAAAACUCACAAGACCAAAGAAUCUAUUGGAACUGAGAAAUUUUCCCCAUAACACUUUUUUUUCAGAAAUAUUCCCUCUAAAAAUCAUAGCUUACUUUUCAGGUUAGGAAAAAAACUCAGAAUGAGUUAACAUUUCAGAGUUUGGUCUUAAUUGUACAUCUCAAUAUAACAGAAAAUAUAUUUUUCAAUUAGGUAAUUUUUAUUCUAAAUUUAAACAUCGAACCAACAGAAGCAUCGUUGCUACAUUUCGAAUACUUACAUAGCUACUCAAGUAUUUUGCGCACACAAAAUGAUUAAGAAAUGGAACGAAAACGAAUGUUUCAAGAUUUUGAAAAAUUUCAUUGCUAUGCCCUGAUAAUUAGUUUUUUUGAGAUAUGAGAAUGGAUGUGCAAUAUCGUAUACCUUUUUUAUGGUCAUAUUAC